AUGAAUAGCAGAGAUCGUACCGACAGUCGUCGCCCGAAAUUCCGGGAUCAUCGUACUCCACAGUUCGGCGGUGGUGGAGGCCGUCGUCAUGAGAAUCCUGCACAUUAUCCACAAAAACACAGAGUUUUGUCUCCAAUUCGACGUACGGCCGGUUCUCCCGAUAGACGUCAACGUGAUCAACGCCACAAUUCUCCAGAAGUUCGACGGGAUCAUAGAGAGCGCCACAGAUCGCAGGAAAAGGAAACGAAAGACGCUGUGGUCACAUCUUCAUCGACGGCGGCAGUGUCUUCUGGAUCUUCACGUGGUGCCACGUCAGCAUCUGUCACGUCAUCGUCGAUGAGCCAGAGAAAAGAGAGUGGAGAGAGACGCAGAGAGGCAGACAGAGAGGAAAAGAUCAAGGAUAAAAAGAAUGAAGAGAGAAGGAAAGAAACUACGGAUCGCUCUCGAUCUUCGAACGUGGCUGCCAGAAUUCAAGCUCCAGUCGUUUCAUCUUCUUCAACUUCUCAAAAUUCACACCGUCAUCAUCACGGUCAGCAGCGAGAAACCGACUGGAAAAAACCCCUUGAGAAACGUCCAGUUGAUAAUCGUCCGAUGACAUACGCCACUGACAAAUCGUCUUCAUCUGGACCCACAUCUUCUAGUCGCCCGCGACACAGUUCUGCAGACCGUCACAAGUCUUCGUCAAGUUCUUCACGUCGUCGCGAAGAGGACAAGUCGAAGGACAGAGGACAUUCGAAACGUGAGGAAGAAAAGAAAACAGAUGACAGAUCCAGUAGUAGCAGAAGACGCGACGAAGAGAAUAAGGAUAGAAAUACGGAGAGCAAACGUGAGAAGAAGGAGGAGAUCCCAAAAGAAGAGAAAUUAGUUGCGGAUGAAACAAAAGAAGAAGAUGAAGCUGUUGCGAUGCAAGGCUUGGAAGAGGUUGAUUCUUGUGAAGGCGAUGAAAGCGCUGAACUUGUUCCAAAACCAACUGUAGCUGCAGAUGAACCAGCACCACCGUCGCCUGAAAAAUCAGUUCACAGUGCUGUUGGAUCCAAUGCUUCUGCAGAAUCCGACAGCGAGGAGGAACUAGAUUACGAGGAGGAUGACAUUGAUGUUGACAUCGGUGAUGACAUAGACGUCGAAACAAUGAAAUUGGCAGCUAGAGGAGACUUGAAAGUUGAUGAUACUACUGACGAGGAACCAUACGAUGAGAAUGAAGCUCAUGAUCUUAUAGACGAUGAUGAUGAGGUUGAGGCCAGGAAGGACGGCGAGCCAGAAACUAAGAAAUUGAAAACUGAGAAGAAGGAGGACCGAAAGGAACAUGGCUCCUCAUCAUCGAAAAGCCAUCGCCGUCGGGAUGAGAACAAGAGUGCGCAGUCGUCUUCGGAUCGCAAGGAACGUCGUCGCAGUCGAUCAAAGGAGCGUCCGAGAGACGUUAAUCGAAAGGAUGCGAGGAGAAACGAAAGGCCAUCGACAACAGAAAGGAGCGCUCAUAGAGGAGGAGCAGCUCCACCUCUACCACCACAACCACCAAGAAGAAGCCACGAGCCUGCAGCACGAAUCAGAGCCCCAUCGCCGCCGCGUCGAUCAUUUGGAGAUAGAAGUGCCCAGAGAACUGAGGAUCAUCGUGGAGGAGGACGUCAUGUGGCUGGAGAGCAACAACCACGCCGCCGAUCGCCAGAACGAGUAAGACGCGAUGAUAGAAGGUUCGGUGGUUUCGAGGAUCGAAAGAGAAUCGAAAGAGCACCGAUUGACGUUGGAAAAAAUCGUUCUCCACUUCAUCGUCGUCGUCUUUCACCACCACGUGGCAGACCAGGAGAGAAGGUCGUUCAAUCCUACCGUAAUGGAGUCUAA